GACAGUGAAGAGAUUGCUGUAAGGAAGUCACUAACAAGAAGCAGGAGUGAUGUUUCAACAGCCAGUGGCACGUACCCGAACAUUUAAAGUCUUUGUUGAGGGGAACAUUGCCAGUGGUAAAUCUACAUUCCUAAACUAUUUCAACCACAGUCCAGAUAUUGAGAUACGUACAGAACCAGUUGAGAAAUGGCAGAACCUACAUGGACAUAAUCUGCUGAAAUUAGCACACGAAGAUCCGACGAGAUGGUCAUCGAGUCUUCAAACCUACGCUCUGCUGACGAGGUUGCAAGUGUAUAAUGAACCUCAUAAGAGGCCGAUAACCAUCAUGGAGAGAUCAAUAUUCAGCUCUAGAUAUUGCAUAGGCGAGAAUCUUUACCGCAGUGGCAAAAUGCCUGCCGUAGAAUACAUGGUCCUGGAUGAGUGGUACCAGUGGGUGGUCGCAAACACAGAAGUACAUGCGGAUCUCAUCGUGUACCUGAGAACACGCCCAGAGGUGUGUCUUGUUAGAAUGCACAAACGGAAUAGAAAAGAAGAGAACAAUAUUUCAUUGGCAUAUCUGAAUAACCUACAUGAGCUCCACGAAAACUGGUUAGUCCAUCAACGGACUGUGAAGCCACCAGCUCCUGUUCUGGUGUUGGAUGCCAACUCAAACAUGGGCGAUAUGGAGCAUGUGUUUGAGGAGCACAGAGAAAAGAUCAUGGGCCAAUCAUGAUGGCAGUAGAUGUGAUGAAGAAGAACUUAGCAUGUCGCCAUGUGCAUCAUAUCAGUUAUCACUUAGAGAUUUCCUGGCCAGGCCAUCCUAUAAGUUUAACCAUGUUUGAUGAAACAGUGAACGCUCGUGGCAUGCAUUAUAGUGGCUGCACUGAUUCUCUACAGAAAUCAUCUAAAUGAAUUAGUUUCUAGGUCUUUUGUUUCUCUUAUAGUUACUUAUGUAAUCAACUCAGGCAUGACUUAGGCAUAUAAUUUUAUCAGCCCAGAGAUAACUAGGUGUUUUAUGUAUAACAGUACUGUGUACAUAUCCUACAUAACGGGGGCGGGUCUAGGGGGUCCGGACCCCCACUUUAAUUUCAGUGCCCUAAAAA